AUGAGUGCAGACAGCACCUAUGAGCCCUGCAGGAGAUGGAUUGAGUCCUCUUUAGGUAUCUUGAACUGGUACUACUAUGUGUCUAUGCCAAUGCCAGCAUCCACAUUCACUAUUGCUGUAGGGUGCUGGCAGGAAGUUAAAGAGCAGUCCUUCGCAGCUGCUGUUCCAACAAACGUGGAGUUUUUCCUGCCAUCUUCACAAGCUGAUUUCAGAUGGCAUGAAGAAAUCUGUGGUCAUGUGGAAUAUCCCUGCCGGUUCCAAAAUCCUGCUGCCAGGUUGCAGGCAGUCAUUCCUUAUAGAGUCUUUGCUCCCUGGUGCCUUAUGGAACUCUGUGAAGAGUGUUUGCUUCCACUGAUUCCGAAGUGCCUCUCAGCUGCUUACACCACGCUGGGUACCCACCCCUUUUCCAGGCUUGAUGUUUUGAUAGUUCCUUCCAACUUUUCCAGCCUGGGAAUGGCUAGCCCACACAUCAUCUUCCUGUCACAGAGUGUACUACCAGGAGGGAGCCAUCUCCGUGGAACACGUCUGUGCCAUGAAAUUGCUCAUGCUUGGUUUGGACUAGCCAUUGGUGCUCGUGAUUGGACUGAAGAGUGGAUAAGUGAAGGGUUUGCCACUUUUUUAGAAGACAUAUUUUGGGCUAGGGCACAACAGCUAUCACAUGAUGAAGUAAAAGGACAACAGGAAUUGAAAGCUUUACUUCACUGGCGCCGACUCAGAGAUGAGGUGCAGAACUCUGAAGAAGAGCUCCAAGUUUUAAGGCCUAAAAAGGAGAAGACAGGAGAAUUGAGUGAGUCUGGAGCAUCCGUUGUCAAAUAUGGUCUUAAAGCAGAAAAAACCUUCAUGCAGGUUCACUAUUUGAAGGGUUAUUUUCUUCUGCGUUUUCUGGCAAAGAGAAUGGGAGAGGCUUCAUACCUUGCAUCUUUACGAAAGUUUGUCCAAAAGUUUCAUGGGCAGCUUGUCCUUUCUCAGGAUUUUCUUUGCAUGCUGUUGGAAGACAUGCCUAAACACAAAGACUCUGGGUUAACUGUAGAAAGUAUCUUCCAGAACUGGCUUGACACUUCCGGAAUACCAAAG